CUGGCCCCGCCCCACAGAGUGACCAGUCGACGCGUUGGGAGCUUCUUCUACUCUUCUUUGAUUGACCGGGACCAACUUUGCUAGUUGCCUUUAACGGGGAUUUUUUUAGUUUUGUAUUUUGUCUUUUCUUUUAGUUUCCACACCUGCCCCCGAUCUACCCUCUGCGUUCUUUUUCUUUAGGACUAACACCGUUUCCAGCCCGAUCCAAGUCGAGCCAACACACAACAAGCCAUGAACCUACCUCCUUCCCUCACUCUCUUCCUUGGACUCUUAUCCUGGUGCCCCUGUGCACUGUUGGCUUCUAAAGUGAUCGUGGUUCCUCCAAUCAUGUUUGAGUCCCACCUGUACAUCUUCAAGACACUGGCCACGGCGCUGCAUCAGGACGGACACGAGACCCACUUCCUGGUCUCGGAGGGCCGGGACGUGCCCCCCUCGCCCCACUACAACUUCCAGCGCUACCCCGGCAUCUUCAACAGCAGCACGGCCGACAACUUCCUGCAGUCCAAGGUGCGCAACAUUUUCUCGGGCCGCCUGACCUUCCUGGAGCUCUUCGACAUCCUGGACCACUACUCGCAGAACUGCGACGCGGUGGUUGGCAGCGCCGAGGUCAUGGCCCGGCUGAAGGCCGAGCAGUUCGACCUGCUGCUGGUGGACCCCAACGAGAUGUGCGGCUUCGUCAUCGCCCACAUCCUUGGCGUGAAGUACGCUGUGGUCAGCACGGGCCUCUGGUACCCAGCCGAGGUGGGCGCACCGGCGCCGCUCUCGUACGUGCCGGAGUUCAACACCCUGCUGACGGACCGCAUGUCCCUGAGCCAGCGCAUCACCAACACGGCCGUCUACCUGGUGCAGCGCUUUGGCGUGCACUUCAUUGCCCUGCCCAAGUACGACCGCAUCAUGAGGCGGCACGGGGUGACGCCCCGCGUGGCCAUGGCCGACCUAGUGCAGGGCAGCCAGAUGUGGAUGCUGUGCACGGACCUGGCCCUGGAGUUCCCCCGGCCCACCAUGCCCCACGUGGUCUACAUAGGGGGCAUCCUCACCCAGCCCGCCAAGCCACUGCCGCAGGAGUUUGAGGCCUGGGUGAACGACACCGCGGACCACGGCUUUGUCGUCGUGUCGUUCGGCGCCGGGGUCAAGUACCUCUCCGAUGACAUCACCCGCAAGCUGGCCGGCGCUCUGGCCCUCCUGCCUCAACGUGUGGUGUGGAGAUUCUCUGGAGUCCCACCCAGUAACCUAGGCAACAAUACCAAGCUUGUUGAUUGGAUGCCUCAGAAUGACCUACUGGGCCACGCCAACACGCGGGCCUUCCUGAGCCACGGCGGCCUGAACAGCAUUUACGAGGCCAUGUACCACGGCGUGCCGGUGGUGGGCGUGCCCCUGUUUGGCGACCACUACGACACCAUGACGCGCGUGGCGGCCAAGGGCAUGGGCCUCAUGCUGCACUGGAAGAGCAUGACGGAGGAGGAGCUGCGCGCCGCGCUCCACAGCGUCAUCAGCGACAGCAGGUACCGGCAGCAGGCCCGCCUCCUCUCGGCCAUCCACAAAGACCAGCCAGGCCACCCGGUGUCCCGGGCCGCCUACUGGAUCGGCUACCUGCUCCGGCACGGCGGCGCCGACCACCUGCGCUCGUCCGUCUACCACGUGUCCACGCUGCAGUACUUCCUGCUGGACGUCAUCGCCGUCGUGGCGACCGUGGCCGCCCUGCUCGUCUUCGCCCUCUACCGGGCGGUGCGGUGGCUGAAGGGGUCGAGGGGCGCGGUGGCGGCGGCGGCGGCGAGCACCAGCAGCGGUAGCAGCAGCGGAAGGGGAGGAGUCAGGGAUGAGGAUGCGCUCACCAAUGGACACUGCCACAGUGAGGCGGUGGUGGCCAACGGGAAGCACAAACGCAACGGCGCACUGCGAAGCGAGAAGAAGAUAAACUAG